CAAGGAGGGAGUUUCUAAACAUGUGGAAGGUGUUUGCAGCAGUACUUUUACUUGCAUGUGUGGCAACAAAUGCACAGAAUGUAGAAUGGUGUGAGUGUGCUCUGUUCAGAGAAGAUGGCUUCUUGGAAAACAUUGAACCUAACCUUCAGAACCUUACAGGGGGAUAUGUCAACCUUGGUGGACGUUUACUAUGCAACAAUGGGGACUUAACUGCGUGUGAUCAAUACUGUCGACAACAGAUUAAAGGAGAAAUUAAUGGAAACUAUACAUUUUACACUCUUGUUGCAGAUGGAACAGAUCACAGUAAUGAAACAUAUGGCGACCAUAUGUGUGAGCGUGUUGAAGCUAAUGAUGCCACAGAAAUGCCUAUUGGUUUCCCAGGAUAUCCUGUGUUUGCAUUCUCCCGCAUGUUAGGUUGUACUGCACUGGAUCCAACAUGGUACACAUUCGCAGACUCUCAGUUUGAUCCGCCAAACAAUCUUUGUUGUAAUGCCGAUGCAACUUACACUUCUUGUGUUUGAUACAAUACAAUCCAAAUACAACUGGAUUGAAAUUAGAAAUCCUGUUGCUUUUUUCUCAGAUACAUACAUACAAAUUAUAAAAAAAAGAAAUUGAACUGGAAAACAGCAACUCAAGAGUAGCAAAUCCUACUGAACAAAACAUAUUUUAUUAAACACGUCAUAAUUUUGGACAUCACAUGAUAGAAUAACCUGAGGAAAUAAAGGGUGUCCAAAAAACAGGACUGUAAGAAAGUUAAAUAAUUCGGUCAAUUUUGCAUAUUUUGCAUUGAAAUUUUAGAA